AUGGAUCCCAGUACUAGUUUUGAGACUGAAGAGGUUGAAAAUGACGGCCCACAGGCUUAUAAUUAUGAGCCUGCUAGGCAUCCAAGAGACCAGGAACAGAUCAGGAUCGGAGGCAACCUGAGGACUGUGAUCAGAGUGUUCAGCCUGUUUGACUACAACAGCGAAGGACACAUCCAACAGCAUGAGUUCCGCCGCAUACUGGAUAACUACUGCAUCCACCUGACAGAUAAGGAGUUUCAGAGGCUGUGGAAUCACUACAGUCCCAACAACACAUCCACCAUUUCCUAUGAAGUGUUCCUGGACAAGCUAGGCUUUGGGGGCAGCCAUUACUUAAGGAUUGCGCCCAUCUGCACUAAACUAGAAAUGUCCAGCCGAGGGACAACUCCAUCUGAGAAAGUCAAACAGAGGAAGCAGAAACCGGAAUCUGUCUCCAGUCUGUGUGAUGCCCCAUCAGUCCUGCAACACAGGAAGCUGCAGACUCUCUUCUACGACAAGAUGUGCAUGAACUCUACCCCGGUGUGGCAAGCACUGCAGGCCUUUGACACCACCCGCUCUGGCCUGGUAGAACAGGAUGUCCUCAGGGCCAUUCUCAGCAGCUUUAUAUUUCCCAUGAACCCUCAUUCUUUCCAGAAGCUUACCAGCCGUUACGGUGUAGGAGCAAUGGGGCAAGUGAGGUGGAAACACUUCAUGGGCCACUUCAUAAUCCCAGUCAAAAAAGAGGGUGACACAAAUCUUCACACCAUCAGGGCGUCAGAGCAGCCUGUCCAAGAAAAUAUCUUGGAUCUCCAGGACACUUACUCUCAUCUGAAAGAGAUCUUCCACCUGCUGGACAUGAGGGAAGUAGGUUGGAUCACUAGAGCAGACAUGCGACAUUUGCUGGAGAGAACAGGUAGGACCUGGCCAAGAGCUCGACGGUCACAGAUCACAGAGCUGCUCAAUGAACUGGACCCAGAACACACUGGGGUCAUCCAGCUGGCCAACCUGAAAAGACUCAACCCCAGCAGCACCAACACAGAACCACAACCCUCCAUUGCUACCACUGCUGAGCCCCUGGAUGGCCCUGAGGAAACCGCUGAGGAGCAAAAAGCACCAGAUGAGAGGCAGACCACACAAUGUGCUGAUAAACUGUCUGUGGCAUCUGCUUCAUGGACAACAGUGGAGAAUGUACUGGUGGACAAGCUGUGUGAGCAGCUCGGUCCAUUGCUGGCAUCUCUAAAGCUGUGUGACCCUCAGCACACUGGAUACAUCACACAGGAAGAUCUGAAGAAGGUCUUAAGCUGCCAUGGCGUACCCAUCUCAGACACACACUUCAACAAGCUCUGUGAGACCUCCAGUUCUAGACCUGGCAGUUCUUCUAAGUUGGUUUCUUACACUGGUUUUCUCAGAAACCUGGGAGUACCACUAACAGAUGAAACAUACCCAUCCUCACUCCAAGAGGAGGGUAACCAUACUGAGAGCCGCUGCACAUCACCUAAGUCAAGCCUUCAGUCAGCCAGGGAACAGCGGCCUGCCUUCAGCCUGCAGGUCACUUCAGACACCUUCAAUAUCCUGGACAUUGUUUUCCAGAGGAUGAGAUCAAGGUUAGAGCAACGCAACAGCAGCCUGACUGACCGCAUCCAGGCCAUCACCCACAGCUCUGAGGGGAUGCUAACAGAGACAGAUGUACACAAACCUGAAGCACAGUGGAACUUGUCCUUCUUUCUCUUCUUUUGCCCCCAGAUACUAGAGGACAGCUGGGUCAUCUUGGAUGAUAGGAAUUUCCAAAAGUUCACUGAACUUCUGGGCUUCAGGGAUGGACAGAUCGAGCGCUCAGUGUUCCUGGUGAAAUACGAGGAGGCCACCGGAAGAGACAGGCAGCAGUGCUCUGAGGGUCAUGGUGAUAAGGAGGAGGUCAACCCACUGCUUACUGCAGAGCAGUGCCUGGCUGUCAUGAAGACCAGGAUCAAGAUCAUCCAUGGGGACAACCAGACAGCGUUCCGACUGAUGGACAGGAAUCGUAAAGGUGUGGUGGACUGCCGUGAUUUCAAAGUGCUGUACAGCAGCCUGGGCUUUUUCUGCAGGGAGGGAGAAUAUGAUCGGCUGCUGGAUCUGAUUGGCCUGCAUCCAGGGGCCAACCUCAACUAUGCAGAAUUUGUGGGUGUUGUUGAAAAUAAUGGCAAACGCAAACCAGGGCCACAAACAGCUUGUGUACAGGAGCAGCUCCAUGAACUCCUGGCCUGUGAAGCACGCUACAAGUGGGCAGACAUGUCCAAGGUACUGUGCCAGUUUGACACAGACAACCAAGGCUGGAUCCAUAAAGAGAGUCUGAGGGGACUCCUCUUUACCUAUGCUCUUCCAAUGAGACCUGAUGAGUUUGACCAGCUUUGGUUGAGGUAUGACCCAGAUGGAAGGGGCUGUGUGGCAGUUUGUGACUUCCUGGAAAAGUUGGGGUUUCAUCACGAAGGAGAAGUGACAGCUCAGAGCCAGAAGCUGAACCAAACUGUCGACCAACAGAACGCUGGCAGACCUUUAUCCUCUGAUACUGCCUCACUGCAGUGUAUGAAGCUCAAAGUUUCUAUGGAUGAUAGCUGCAAGAGGCUAGCUUACAUGGAUUUCCUAUCUGCAUUUGGCCAGAAGAAUUGUGAGCGUCCCCCUGCUACUCCCAAUGCUGUACGUCAGAUAGAGUCAUUGGACAGCCUCAGUCCGGGCAAGGCUCUGGCUAGAAUGCAAGAGCUAGUCACUGCCUCAGCUCCUCAUCUGUGGAGGGUAUUCUUGGCCUUUGACCAGAGCGGGACAGGGACAGUCAAAGCUCUGGAAUUUCGUCAGGUGCUAGAGAAUUUUUGUGCUCACCUGUCAGACAAACAGUACAGAUACAUGCUGACCAAACUGGAACUGGACCGCGAGAGCUGCACUGUUAACUGGAAGGACUUUCUCAACAGGUUUCAGUCACAGAGCCCACUGAUGUUUGAGAGGUCCCUGAGUAAAAAUUGGGAGCAAAGGGCUAAAACCAGAUCCCCUAUCUGGGCCAAGACCUCUGAAACCACAGAAUGCCUGCAGCAGAUCCAGGAAGUGGUCUCAGGUUAUUUGUAUGACAUCACCAAAGAGCUGAUGGACCUGGACCCUUCCAUCAGCAUGACAAUCUCCAAAGAGCAGUUCAGACAGCUUUGUGAUUGCCACUGCUUGAGACUCACAAAUGAUCAGAAAUUUAAUUCAUCUUUGCUGAUAAUUAUUGACUGCGUGAGAGAGUUAGUCAUCUGUAAAGCCAAUUUACGUGAUGUGUACUGUGGAACUCUCUUUGGGGUGCCAGUCCCCCCAGUGCACAGAAUUAUUAUGUGUGCGUCUGUGUGUGUGUUUCCUUUUGCUUCUCAGUUUGAGUGUGUGAGUCAGAUGCCUGUGAAUGAGCAGGAGAAGCUGCAAUACAGAGAGUUUCUGAAGCUUUUUGGUGCACUGGACAGGACAGAAGCAGAGGGGCCCUUCAACAGUGUCCAAUCACCAUCCUCUGAACCCCGAGACACUCCCUCAGCAACUGAAUGUUUCCCAGAGACUGCAGCUGCCGUUCUGCAACGCACCAAGUCUGCCCCCCAGUGCUGCUCCAGGCGUCCUGCCUCAGUGGGAAGGCCAGGAACAGGAAGCCCGCUGGGCAGCAGGGAGAGGAGGCUGCGCUGGGCGGUGCAGUGCUGCUGGAAGGAGAUCCUGAGGAAGUGUACCGAGGAAGAUCCUCAGCGAGAAGGACACAUCAGCACCACCUCCUUUCUAGAGAUCCUCCAAUCUUUCAACAUCAGUGUGACUCAGGAGCAGUUUGAGCAUCUGGCUGUGAAGUCUGACAUCAUCAAUGAUGGCUGUGUUUCAUAUAACAACUUCCUUCGUCACUUCCUCCUGAACCUAAAACCAGCAGAGGCCAAGAUGCCAUUUCGGCGAUGUAAACUCCCUCCUCCUGUUAUGACGACGAGCCAGGGUGUUCUGAGCCGAGACUGUGUGGAGGUCAUGCUGAGGAUCCAUGAUGUGGUCUGCUCCUCCUGGACCUCUAUCAGACGCUGCUUCCUGACGUCUGACCGCACCCGCGCAGGAAGUGUCUCUGUGCAGGACUUCAGGAAGGUGCUGCACCAUUUCAGCAUCAAACUGUCAGAGGAGGAGUUCUUCCACCUCAGCUCUUAUUUUGAUGCUGACACCACAGGGAGGAUCUGCUACAACAACUUCCUGUGGGCCUUUCUUCACUGACCUUCAUUCAGAUGCCUACAGCUGCUGCCCCAAGGCCCAGACACUCAGGUGCCACAGGUUUACUGUUUGGCAAUAACAGGUUAGGUUAUUUGAUUAAGUAUGUCAUAUUAUUUGUUAAAUGGUAAUAGGUACUCUAGAAAGCAAAAUAUAACCUGAA